UUUAGUGUUCCGUCACAUAGCUAAUGUGGACUGGAGGCAGACUGGAUGUCCUUAUCCGAGUCCUCACAGGAGUUUCCAUAGGAGUGCUUGGAGAGACAGAGACACCACAGUGCCCCAAAGCUGAAACAGAGGUCGAGACUCGAGCGACAGGAUUAAAGGCGAGAGGUGUGGAAAGGAAGGCAUAAACCCUUUUCCCCCUCAGACUGAAGAAGGAAGCUGUCCACACGUGGCACUAUGCAGUGACUCCAUUCCCAGACGCAUACUCUUCCAGCCGCACAUUCUGGCUUUCCUCACAAGAGGCUCCCAGUCUUCGCAUGGGGACAGAGACCACAUCUGCUCCAUCGAUCCGGAUUACCAUUGUCACUAUUAUGAAUGCCUUUAGCUGAAGUACGGGUAACUUGUGUAUGCGCACGUGUCCAUUCCCGCUACCUCUAGGAUCAGCAUGAGGACAUUGCCACAUGCACACACAUGCACACGCAGCGGAGCGUGCGGUUUCUCAGCGGAGACAGGAAGUCCACCACAUGCGGAGAGGAGCUCUAGGCCAGAAGCAUGCACACACAUGGCUACAAUCUACUUUUGGCAUGUUCUGUUCCGUGUCUGCUGGAGUUAUCAGCGUGUUGACUCCUGGCCAUCAGGGGACCCUUAAAGGAGUUUGUGGAGUGCUUACACACACGUUCGUGUGUGCGCACGCACACACACACACACACACACACGCGCACACACACACACACACACACACACACACUGAAAGAGGCAUAUUAUUUUACUAUAUAAUCAUUGCCUGUUUGGGGUUAUCAGACAUAGGUUAUGUGGUGGAUAACUUGGGGAUUAUUGUAAAGUUUAAAAGCAGUGCUGUUGGACGAGCUUCAGUCUAUACAGAAACUUGGGUGGGAUUUCUGUAGAAAUCAGGUGUAGGUGAACAGAGGUAGCCUGUGCUUUGCAGUGUUGUCUCUGCACUGAUGAUGGUGGAUGUAUCUUAGACAUUUAGCAUUGCCUUGAAAUCUUGAUUUGUCUGAAUGGGGAGGUUAAGUGUUAGAGGUUACAGCUUUUAGUUUAUUUAGGGUCACUUUUUAAGUUUGACAAUCGGUUCCAUUGUUUUUCCCUUCUGUGUUUUUCUCAAGACCGCAUCAUUUGUGAUUUUUUACUCCUCCGUCUGUUUGGUAGAACAGCACGGAGAGUGUUAUUGCCUCUCUAUGAGGUGUGCGUUAAAAAUGUGUGUUGGUAUGUUUGUUUUUUGGCCCCCCAGCGUGUCUCCCCAAACCCUCCCUAGGGUUCAUUAGCAUGGACGGUUAAUAAUUUGUAAACCUUGGAUGACCUUCCAGGUUCUUUCACAUAGCUUCUUAAGAACCUUCUGUCUCUUUACUUCCAGGACAAGGUAAUCUUAGGUUUGACUUUACUUUGCAUGAAAAAAAAGAAUGAGUGUCGAACGAGGCCACUUCCAUACGCCACACCGUCUAGUCUUCUACAGUGUUGUCUCAGGAAUUGGUGUUGUGGGCCUGUUUUUUCCAGUGCCUGGGCCUUUUUUUGUUGUUGUUGUUGGCUAGCAGUGAGCGGACUGGUGCACACGAACACUAAGAAAAACUGAAAGCCAUGGACUCGGAUUCUGACUCUCCCUUUAACUACUCCUGGCCCUCCUUUCCCAGAAUGAGGAUUCGGAGAAAGCUGGUAAAACCAGACAAGUCGGGCUCACCUCCAGUCUCCAGCUCUGGUUUCCAGCCCCACUGCACGCUCACAGCUGCUGCUAGACUUGCUGCCAUGCUCAACCGCACCAGAAAGGAUGAUGAUCUCCACAGGAAGCCACACACUUCUGGAGGGACAGCAGGCAGCUCUGGGAUGGACACCGAGGACUCGCCUGGUUCAAGUAUGGCGACUCUGUCGUCAGGGCUGACAGACACGCCACAACCCAUCCAAGAGGGGGAGGAGCUUAAAGAGAAGCAGCCGUUGUCCCGCCCUUUCUCUCCCACCUUCUCUCAGUUCUCACCCACCUCCCCAGCUGGACUGGUGCUGGAGAGGUUUCUUCGUGCUGCCCGGCCUGCUGAACAGGCCUAUCACAGCACAGGCUCACCCCCAGAUUCCUAUGAGCUCAGCCCAAGUCUUGUGGCCUUGGAAAUAGACAGUGAGGAGGAGGAUGACGUCCUCAUAAAGAAGCCCCUCCCCAGAAUAUCCCCAGAUCAUCAGAGCAACACAGAGGAUCAGGACAGCGUUAAACCCACUUCUGAACUCUUCUGCCUUCAUGCUCACCCCACUGCAUCCCCCUGUAACCACACCUCAUCAAAGGACUCUGGCGAUCAGGGAGUUCGACUCCGUUCGUACUCAUAUUCAUCCCCCAAAAUCAGCCUGUUACCCCCACGCUUCAGCCGUGAUGCCCACCCCUCACCCACCGACCUCAGCAACGAUGGCGCCCUCUCCAGCAACAGUUGCAGCAGCAGAUCUCUCCUGCAGGCUCUGUCUCUGUCUAAAUCUCUGUCUCUGCUCAAUCCUGUUAAGCAACGGACAUUCAGCUUAAACGAUCAGCUGCAAGAGAAAAGGGAGGUAAGGUUCCAUAGACGCUCCCAGUCAGCUGAUGAUGAGACCAGUGUUGAGCUGGCUGACUCCCUCCAGCACCUCACGCUCUCCGAGUUCCUCAAAGAAAUCGAAGAGGAGGAGUGGGAUCGAUACAUUAUCCCGUCAAAGGCGGAGUCGGAGAAACACAAAGUUAGCCGCACAUUCAGCUUCAUCAAGAGUUGCAUGUACAGCACACGCAACAAGAGCAAGGGCAAGUGGAAGGAGAGAGAGGCCAAGGACAAGCAGGCGAGUGGUCAGCAGCUGGCAGCCGGGUCUUUUCCGGGGUCUCCAGUCUGCCAGAUGUGCCAUAAACUCGCUGCCGGGAAAGAGACGCUCCACUGUACCAACUGUACUGUGACCAUCCAUAAGGGCGGUAAAGACUCUGCAAUACAGUGCCUCAAGAAAGUUCAAGAGAAGUAUGCAGUGUCCAUGGUGAAGAACAGAGCUGCCACCCUCCCACAGAACUUUAUAGUGCAUGAAAGCACCUCAUCUUCAGCGAUGCCUACUUCAGCCUCACUCCCUGUGAUGAGCCCACGGGACACCAAAGACUCCGUCCCCAUGCUCUGUCCACUGUCCAGGAGUGUUCCUUUAGUUCCUGAGCGGCUUACCGAGAGCCCAGAGGGGGACAGUGACUCCUCUACAUGGAGGACUAAUGUCCAAUCAGAGGAGAGCUUGACAGUGGAGUCCUUCACCUCCACUGACUCCUCCCUCAUAGAAGAUACAGUGGAUUCUACUCUACCCAGCACACUUUGGCCGGACACUAUGGGUUUGGAGGUGGAGUCAUGGAGUCUGGCAGUGGAACCUUGGUUCUGCCAGAGGCAGGAAAAGUGCACCAUCAAGAGACAGGAUGUCAUCUAUGAACUCAUGCAGACAGAGUUACACCACCUGCAGACACUGACCAUCAUGGCGGAGGUCUUUAGGCGGGGUAUGCGGGAUGAGGUGGGGUUGGAUGCAGACACCAUCGGGCGGGUUUUCCCUUGCUUGGACGAGCUCAUCUUCCUGCACAAAGACUUCCUAUCAACUUUAAGGGAUCGACGGCAUAGCUCCACCCAACCAGACAGUAACAGGAAUUACCUCAUUCAACGUGUGGGUGAUAUCCUUCUGCAACAGUUUACUCAAGAAAAUGCACAGAACAUGAAGCAAGUGUAUGGGGAGUUUUGCAGCCACCACAACGAAGCUGUCAGCUUCUUCAAAGAGCUACAGCAACAAAAUAAGAAGUUUCAGCUGUUUAUUAAACAACAAAGUAGUAACUCAUUGGUAAAAAGACGGGAAAUCCCAGAAUGCAUUUUGUUGGUGACACAGCGAAUCACAAAAUACCCUGUGCUCUUGGAGAGGAUUCUGCAGUACACAGAAGAGGGCACCACGGAGCACCGGGAGCUCCUGGCUGCGCUUGCUGGAGUACGUGAGCUCAUCUCAGUCGUGGACAUGCGGGUCAGCGAGCGAGAGCAGAGUCAGCGGUUGGGUGAUGUGCUGGCACGCAUGGAGGGCAAGAAUGUGGCACGGCUGAAGAGCGGCCUGGCCUUCCGCAAGCAGGAUUUGGCUAGUGGCCGCACGCUUUUGCACCACGGCACGCUACUCUGGAAGACUGCCACGGGUCGACUCAAAGAUGUGCUGGCCCUCCUGCUCACUGACCUGCUUGUCUUCCUCCAGGAAAAGGACCAAAAGUUUAUCUUUGCUGCCGUGGACCAGAAGCCGCCUGUGAUCUCACUGCAGAAGCUGAUCGUGCGGGAGGUGGCAAAUGAGGAGAGAGGCAUGUUCCUGAUCAGCGCCUCGUCGGCUGGGCCCGAGAUGUAUGAGGUGCAUGGCACAUCCAAGGACGAACGCAACACCUGGAUGAGACUCAUCCGAGAGGCUGUGGUGAUAUGUCACGAGAAGGAGGACGACGCUGCUAGGACGUUUGAGGAAGAAAGGAGAGUAUUGAAGGACAAGGUCCAGAAGAUCCACAGACUGCAAGAGACGCUCUGUGGCCAGGACCAGCUGAUCUGCUCCAGCCUGGAGGAGAAGCUGAAGAUCUACGCGGAGCUAUCGGCAGUGGCAGGCGGCGGCCUGCUGGUGCAGCCCGGCACUGGCGAGCCCCCGCAUUCUACCGCUCUGCUAAACGCCGCACUCAGAGAGGCGGAGAUUCUGAGAGCGGCUCUCUUGCCUCACCGCACCUCCUCCUGCACUCCUUCUCCCCUGGCUGCUCUCAGGGAAUCUAGUGCACCAGACACCUCCAUCCCAACAGAGACACUUCCACUGUCUCCUUCUCCUCCUCCUCCUCCUCUUCCUCCUGAAAGGGAACCCCUGCCGGUGGAUGCUCCAAGGGAUGAGGAAGAGGAGGGAGGAGAGGAAAACCUAGACCUCCAGGCACAGAAUCACAGUUUCACACCUGAUGAUCAUAAUAUGCACCUUAAAGUGUGUCAGAGUGUCCAGAAUUUGACACAGUUGCUUUACAGUCUGCAGGCUGCCAUUACCAUCCAAGACAGCUGCUACGAGGUCCAGAGGCUCCACCUUCUCCUGUCGGGCCCUGCCCAAGCCCGCCCUGGGGCCGGCGUUCCCACUGCCCCGGCCGUGCAUGAGCGGCAGCGCGAGGCGUCGCUCCGGCAGCAGCGACGGCAUGAGGAGAUGGAUGGCGCGGCAGGGGCGGCCCUGGAGCGUCAGCGUCAGCGCAGCGAGCGUGAAUGGCAAGCAAGGUGCGCGCAGCAGGAAGCACGAGAAGACCAACUGCAACAGCGUGAGCAAAACUGCCACCUGGAGGCGCAGCGGCUGCAGCACGAGCACAACGAGCUUUGCGAGCAGCUGCGUGACUACCAGCAGAGCCUGGAGCGCCUGCUCGAAGGCCAGCGCAGCGUGCAACACCAGCGCCAGCUCCUCGAUGCCCACCGCCGCUUGGUGCAGGGCUGCCCACCCACCUCGCUCGUCACGUCGGACGGCCAGCAGGGCUCGAGCUUCAGCCACGGUCACUACGGUGACCAGUAUGACCCCAGUUGCAACUUUGUGAACGAAGCAUCGAUGGUGACUGUCGCUAUGAACAACAGACACCUUCAUCACCACCAGCACCAAUGUAACCCCAGCUCCAUCCAGCUUGGCUACAGUGACUCCCCCAGUGCCCAGAACAGCUUGAACUCACUCCUGGCCUGGUCCAGCCACAGACAGGUCACAAGUGGCAUGCCACAACCCCCAGUGGCGAGUAAGGGAAAGGCAGGAAGAAAAGAGGUGGCUCCACCCAGCCAUGCCCAAGAAGCUUGGUCUCUGGGGGUCACGGCGGUUGGUUUUUAUCAAGGCGACGCUCUCUCUGUGCCAAUGGCCUUGGUUUCCAUGGAAACGGAGAAUCGAGACACUGAGGGAGAGGAGAACAUUGUGUACCUCUAGGUUCAAACCGCCCAUAGUGGACAUCUGCUUAAACUCAGUGUAAACUGAAACCCUUGAAGAACAAACACAGAGUUCAUGUUUUGGUCAGCAAACUGCUAUGACUGCUGCAGAUGCAGAUAAUCCGCACAGGCUGGACCUUCGCCCCUCAGGCAUAUAUUCAUAUUCAGUGUGUUAUGGAUUAUCUGACUACAUUGGCAUUGGUACUUUUUAAUCGAUUCCGAUCUGCUCUUAAAUCCCUAUCUGAACACCAAAACUCCUAGCAAAUGUUAGUGUUGGUAUUGUUUUUCCCUUUUUGUGAUACCAAACCAGGAUCAUUCUUAAAACAAAUCUAUAUUCUUUGUUGCUGCCAGACCUUGAGCUUUGAGAACAAAUGCCUUUUUUUAAAUGACUUUUUCUUUUUCCUGUAGCUGCAGCUUUUUGUAUCCUGUUUUUUAUUUUACUUUCCAG